AUGACAUCACUACUGGAAUACGUUUCUAUUCUUGAUCUCUUGCCGCAUCCCGACGGUGGGUAUUUCAAGGAAACUGGAAGAUCUUCCCAAGUCACAAAGUCCGCUACUGGACUCGACGUUCCGCUAUUCACAAAUAUACAUUUUUUGCUCGUUGAAAAGCACCCUUCUUUUUAUCAUCAGAUCAAGUCGGAUGAAGUAUGGUAUUAUCAUGAUGGACAGACAUUAACUGUCCAUUGUAUCUUCCCCAAUGGAGAUUAUAAGGAGGUAAAACUAGGGAGGGAUGUGAAAAACGGAGAAGUGCUUCAGUUUGAAGUGCCUAGCGGGGUCAUUUUUGCCUCAUCCGUGGAAAAGGAGUGGGCUUUGGUGAGUUGCAUGGUUUCGCCAGGUUUCGACUUCCGUGAGUUCAGAUCGUUCUCAAGAGCAGAACUCUUGGAGAAAUUUCCAGAGCAUGAGGAAAGCAUAAACAAAUUGACUCGUGACGAAUGA